GGUUGACGAUGAUGCAACAGGCGUCCAGAUCUAGGCGCUCUUGCUCGACUUGGUGUUGACCAACUUCUGUGGCUCCUUCCCUUCUUCAUCACCGUCGACACACAACAUCCAACAUGGCUUCCUCAAGCAGCACAGCAACGCCUCUGCUCUACUCAUGCAUUGCAUACAAAAACACGAUUCUCACCGAACACACGACUUCCGCCGCCUCAGCCACGUCUUCAUUGGCAUCGUUGAUCCUUCCCAAGAUCGAUCACUCCACAGCCCAGAAGUUGACCUACACACACGGCGCAAACCACAUCCACUACAUCGCAGAUGCUGCUGCUGCUUCUGCGCCGGCACCCGGCAACGCUCCUGGUCUCACUUACCUCGUCAUCGCCAAGCAGGACCUAGGACGUCGCAUUCCCUUUGGCUACCUCGUCGAGAUCAAGAAGCGGUUCCUACAACAACACCCCAACGCCGAUUUCUCAGAUCUUCCCUCAUACGGUGCUGCCAGCUUCAACUCGGACCUCAAGAAGCUGAUGGUCGAAUACGGAACCACAAAAGCGGGCCAAGACGAUGCCUUCAAGAACGUUCAGGCCGAGAUCGACAACGUCAGAGACAUCAUGAGCAAGAACAUUGAGCAAGUUCUGGAACGAGGCGAAAGAAUUGACCUUCUGGUCGACAAGACCGACCGUUUGGGUGGCUCUGCCCACGACUUCCGUGUGCGAAGCAGAGGCCUCAGAAGGAGAAUGUGGUGGAAGAAUGUCAAGUUGAUGGCACUCUUAGUUCUCGUCAUCAUCUUCCUGGUUUACCUGAUGGUUGGCUUUGGAUGUGGCUUGCCAGGUUGGUCGAGAUGCAUCGGCCACUAAUAUUUCAUACGACUUACGACUUGCCUUCUGCUUACUUUCAUGUCUUUAACUUAGCGAACGGUCUGUACAUAUCUUAUCUGAUUUCUUUCCUCCAUCAUACUCGUUCGAUUUUCCUACUGCCGUUUCAGCUUCGCACGCCACAUUGUUUCAUGCUGCACACGC